AUGACAAAGGGAAAGAAACAUGAUUCUUUGGGUCGCGUGCUCAUUAAAUCCAGGAAUAGGAAGUUGGGCAGAAACAUCAAUCAAGAGACCGUUGCUAUGUAUACAACUGAUAUAGAUCCAAAGGAUGAGAGAAAGAAGUUAUAUUCAAACACAGAUAUGUCGAAUAACUUGGAGAACUUUUUGGAGUUGUCAGAGAUGGAGCAGAGGGUAUUCGAAGCUGAGAAGCAGAAUGUUGUGGUGUUGAUGAAGACUUCAUCCACCGUGUUGUCAAAGGAGGAGAGAGAGAUUAAGACUCUGGAGCACAAGCAGCAACUGGAGAAGAACAACCAGUUCUGGAACUCACUGACCAUCCCCCGCAGACCAUUCUGGGAUGAGAACACCACCACCGAGCAGCUCUUGGCUAGCGAGAAGGAGUCAUUCUACAACUGGAGAAGGUCAUUGGCAAAGCUGGAGGAGGAUAAUGGUCUCAUUAUUACACCAUUCGAGAAGAAUCCAGAGGUCUGGAAGCAGUUGUGGCGUGUCGCUGAGAAGAGUGACGUGUUGGUGCAGAUUGUGGACGCGAGAAAUCCUUUGUUGUUCAGAUCGCCAGACCUCGAGCGUUACGCCAAGGAGCUCAACCCACUCAAGUCCAACCUGUUGGUCGUUAACAAGGCCGAUCUGCUGACAAAGGUGCAGCGCAGGAAGUGGGCCAAGUACUUUGAGUCCGAGGGCAUCGACUACCGCUUCUUCUCGGCGCACAAGGAGCAACUCAAGAUUGAGAAGCGCAAGCAGAUCCAGCGACUGAUUGACGAGGGUGCCGACAUUGACCUCGACGAGAUACAGAAAUUGGAGAGCAAGCCAGACGAAGACAAGGAGACAAAGAUAUAUACUCGCGAGGAGAUAUUGGAUGAGUUUAAGCUUAUUUGUCCCAAGCCUUUAACCGAGAACAGCAGGUUCCAAGGCAAGAUCGUUGUUGGACUGUCAGGUUAUCCAAAUGUCGGAAAGAGUAGUACGAUCAAUGUGUUGUUUGGCGAUAAGAAGGUUGCCGUUGCAGCAACUCCUGGAAAGACGAAAUAUGUACAGACGAUUAUAUUGGAAGAAGAGGAGAUUGUGUUGUUGGAUUGUCCAGGUCUCGUAUUCCCAACUCUAUUGUCAUCAAAGGCUGAAAUGGUUAUCAAUGGACUUUUGCCAAUCGAUCAAUUGAGAGACUUUGUUACUCCAGUGGACGCUAUCUGUGAACGUGUCGCAAGGAGUUACCUUGAGGACAUGUAUGCUGUGGCACUUCCACUGCCAAAGGAGCAUGAGGCCCAGGAUAGACCCCCAACUGGUGCCGAGCUGUUGUCAGCCUACGCCUACAUGAGAGGUUUCAUGACUGUGCACGGUGCGCCAGAUCAGUCGCGUGCCGCCAGAAUCGUCCUGAAAGACUUUGUCGCUGGCAAGCUCUUGUUCUGCUCGCCACCCCCAGGUCUCGAAGCUGAGAAGUUCCAGAGGAAGACACUCAAGGCCAAGCCAGAGUCGACGAGCACCUCGACCACGACCACAUCGACCUCGCCCUCGGGUCAUCAAGCGCCACCCGCCGAGCUCAAGAAGAAGGUCACCUAUGAUGUCAGCAUCGAGAGCGAGAGCAAUAUGGAUGUACAGGAGCACGUGGUCGCCAAGACCAAGGCAAAGGGCAAGAAGAAGAGCAAGAACGUCAUGGCCAAUGCGUCAGACAGGUUCACCAGACCCAUUUACUAUCACAAGGAGGAGACCAUUGAGACCAGACUGCAAAAGUUGCAGUUGAAGGAGCAAGCACUCAAGGAGAUGGCUUUGAAGCUGAAGCAAGAUAGAGCUGCAUCGUCAUCAUCAUCAUCAAGCACUAGCACUACUUCUACAACAACAACAACCAGUAGCAGCAGUGAUCAAUCAUAA